AGAUAGAAAAGAGAUCGAGGUAUAUACUACAACUUUCCACUCUUGAAUCUAUCAUUCUAGUCAUUGGUUAGAUGAAGAAAUGUUUAAAUUAAGUUUCUUCUUCACGCUGUGCAUCGGCCUUGCCUUAGUUUAUACUUCGGUGGCUCAACAGAUACCAUUCUGGGGAUACAAUUGUGUGGACUCACAAUGUGUCAGAGUUCAAGCCAACAUAACUGAUCCAGAUACGUUGCUGGGUUUACAUGCUUGCUUUUUAAGUUGCAAUGAGUUCGGGACACUCUGGCCUCGUCCGAGAAAUGUAGUGUCGUGGAGCAACACCCUGUUGAACCUGAAUCGAACAAAUGUACAAUUAAGACGUGCAGUUCCCGAAGAGCAUGCGGAGUUCUGGGAGCAAAGUAUUGAUCGUUUUAUUGGAAUCAUUGAUGCGAGAGUUGGUGAUGAGGAAGUGGUAGAUGGGGAGUUUGGAUUGGCGAUCGAAAUCGACGUUGAAAGUGACUCGUUGGAGCUAAGUUUGGAUACGAACGAACAAUAUGAAUUGGAAUUAUCUUCCAAUGAUAACGAUGAAUUAGUUGCGAGAAUCAGCGCAUUGACUUAUUACGGUGCUCGCCAUGGGCUUGAAACUUUAUCUCAACUGAUUGCGUUCGAUGAAUUUACAAGUCAAUUGAAGAUUCUGUCAGCUGCUUCCAUUCGCGAUGAACCUUCUUACAGGCACAGGGGAAUAUUAUUGGACACAUCUAGACGAUUUUAUCCAGUCGAUGUGAUAAAAAGAACGUUAGAUGUUAUGGCCAUGACUAAACUGAACGUGUUCCACUGGCACAUAACUGAUUCCCAAAGUUUUGCAAUGGUAUUACUAUCACAUCCAGAAUUGUCGCAGAAAGGUGCCUACUCACCUCGGAAAGUGUAUCGCCCCAGCGACAUUAGAGAAAUCGUUGAGUACGGUCGAGUGCGUGGAGUUCGUAUUAUACCUGAAUUCGACGCACCGUCUCAUGUGGCAGAAGGCUUCCAAAAUACCAAUUUAGUGACAUGUAUGCAUGCACAGCCUUGGGGACAAUUCUGUGCUGGCCCUCCAUGCGGUCAAUUUGAUGUGACCAAACCCGAAGUGUAUGAACUGCUCUACGAACUCUACUCUGAAAUGAAUGAAAUGUUUGAUUAUCCACCACAAUUUCAUUUGGGCGGUGAUGAGGUUUUCUCGUCGUGCUGGAAUUCAAGUAGUGAAGUCAGAGAUUUCAUGAUCGAAAGAGGAUGGGGUCUAACGGAGAAUGAUUUUUUGAAACUCUGGGGCUACUUCCAAGAAAGAGCGCUGAAUGUUUAUCGAUAUGUUACUGACUAUGAUGAGGUCAAAAAACCGAUUUUGUGGACGAGCUCAUUGACCGAGGAGGAUGUAAUUGACGAAUAUCUGAAUCCUGACGACUACAUAAUUCAAAUCUGGACUACUGCGCACGGAUCGGACUCCCAAAUUUCUCAUCUCUUGGAAAAGGGCUACGACGUGAUUAUAUCGAAUCAUGACGUCCUUUACCUGGAUUGUGGCUUCGGUAAUUGGGUCGGAUCUGGUAACAAUUGGUGCUCGCCGUUUUCUCCCUGGCAUCUUAUUUACGAUAACAAUUUCCGUGACAUGGCUGGAGACAGAACGUCUCAGGUUCUUGGUGGCGAAGUGUGUUCGUGGUCGGAACCGACCGACGAUGUAACGUUGGAUUCGAAACUGUGGCCCAGAGCCAGUGCAUUUGGUGAACGAUUGUGGUCUGACCCGGACACAGAUUUCCGCGGAGCUGAAUAUCGUAUACUGAUUCACAGGGAAUUCUUAGUGCAAUACGGCAUCCAUGCAGAAAGCAUACAACCUGAAUGGUGUGUCCAAAAUCUUGGCGAAUGUCCAUACAACUCCUGAGAUAACAACAGGACCAUUUGAUCAAAAUAUUUUGUUUUUCCUUUGUAAAACUAUAAGUCAAAUUAAAAUUUGUAUUUAAACUAAUUAAUA